AUACACCAUGGCAGGUAGUAAUCCAACGGCCAAGAAGAUAGUAGUGUACCGGAACGGGGACCCCUUCUUCCCAGGCUCUCGGCUGGUGGUGACUCGGCGCCGCUUCCCCACCAUGGAAGCCUUCCUCUGUGAGGUGACAUCAGCUGUGCAGGCCCCACUGGCUGUGCGUGCUCUCUACACACCUUGUCACGGCCACCCUGUUACCGACCUGGCAGACUUGCAGAAUGGAGGGCAGUAUGUGGCUGCUGGUUUUGAACGAUUCCACAAGCUGCACUAUUUGACCCCUGGAGAGACGAAUUCACAGGGGAAGAGCAGCAGACUGCAAGGUCUUCCCAUGACUUGCCGCCUGCGUGAUGGGGCCGUUGAACAGUGGCUGCCUACAGGUGUCCCCUGCUGUAUCCAUGUGUUCAGGAAUGGGGACCUGAUAAGUCCCCCAUUUAGUCUGAAGCUGUCCCGGGCUGCCAGCCAGGACUGGGACACCAUGUUGAAGCUCCUGACUGAGAAGGCCCAGUUGCCAAGUGGGCCUGUGUGCAAACUCUGCACUCUGGAGGGGCUCACAGUGUCAGCAGGGGAAACUCUGGUGAGUGGCCAUUACUAUGUAGCGGUUGGAGAGGAAGACUUCAAGGCCUUGCCCUAUCUGGAGCUGCUGGUACCCAGCCCCUCCCUACCCAGGGGCUGCUGGCACCCUCCAGGCCCAAAGUCCAGGCCCCACGGGCAGGGGACCCGUGGUCACAGGGUCCAGGCAACCCAGCCCUCUCCAAAGAAACCAAGCCCAACUGAGCCGUCUGCUUUCUAUGCUAGACCCCAGCAGGACUUUCAGCCAAGACACAUGCUCCCCACUCUCUUAUUCCCAUCAGGAGUUAAAGGAAUGUAUGGGGCUUCCCACCCAAGGCAUGAGAUAGCAGGGGCCCAGGAAGUAGCAGAUGAUGAAGACACCCAGACAGAAGAGCCAUUGGAUCAGAGGGCAGCAGAGGUAGAGGAAGAGGCCUUGGCCCUGGAAAACCAGCCUGGGGCAGGGGCUGCAACCUCAGCCUCAGUCCCUGCUCUGUCAUCUUGAGAGCCAGCAGCUCCAGACUGGAACUGCAGCCACCUUUUGUCCUCAGCUUCCAGAAGCCUGUCCCUGAGGAGGCAGCGCCUUCUGGGGCUCACAGGGUACACUGUAGCCUCCUCAGCCUCUCCCAAUUUUUAUUUGCUCUUAAACCCAUGGCCCUGUCUUUUUUUCCUGAGAAGAACAGCCCUAACUGGGGAGGCUACUUCCUUAUGGGGCAUGGGAGCAGGUUUGACACAAUAAAUGAAUACUUACUAACCUGUGUGUUUACUAGUUUUAUUGAAGGCUGCCACUUGCCAGUGUUGUGCUGGGUGCCACAAUUAGGCAGUGCUGGGGCUCAGAGUUGUCUACUUGUUUAAAAGGGACUGGAAGCGAGGAUUUCUUUCUUUUUUUUUUUUUUUUUUUGAGAUAGAGUCUCACUAUGUCACCCUCGGUAGAGUGCCAUGGUGGUGUCAUAGCUCACAGCAACCUCAAACUCUUAGGCUUAAGCAAUUCUUUUGCCUCAGCCUCCCAAGUAGCUGGGACUACAGGCGCCCGCCUCAACGCCCAGCUAUUUUUUUGUUAUAGUUGUCAUUUUGUUUAGCAGGUCCAGGCCGGGUUCAAACCUGCCAGCCCCAGUGUAUGUGGCUGGCACUUUAACUACUGAGCUAUGGGCGCUGAGCUGUGGCAGCCAGGAUUUCUGCCCACCUCACGGGGGGAUAGGUCAGGCUGAUGGAAACCUCCUCUCUUACCUUUGCCACUCUGAUGCAAUUCUUCCCCUAGUCCCUCCCCUCAGCCAGCUAUAUCAGUGAUUAAGCCCUAGAGCAGGCGUCCUCAAACUUUUUCAACAGGGGGCCAAUUCACUGUCCCUCUAUAGUUAGAGGGCCGAACUAUAGUUAAAAAAAAA